AUGUCGGCAUCAGCGUCCCCGGCCUCGGCGCUGGUUCCCGGAACGCCGGGAGAGUCGCAAUGGGUAUGUGCUGCUCUACUUGCUCACCGUUCUCAGCGAACUUCCCGAGCUGCGAGACAGCUCAGCCUUCCUCGCUCAUGGAGGAACGACCUCAUCCCUUCCCCAAGAUGUUCCUCGCUAACGUUUGCAGAGAGAAUACAAGUCGGCCGACGGCCGCGUGUACUGGUCUCACGCACUCACGAAGCAACGCCCUUCGAACGGGCCAUGAACAAGACGCCCUGGAAGCAGUUCACGUCCAAGGGGAAACCGUACUAUGUCAACUCGCUCACGAAGGAGACCCUCUGGGACCUUCCCCCGGAACUUGUCGAGCUGAAGAACAAGAUCGACGAGCAGGAACGACGCAAGGCGCGCGGCGAGACUUCACCCGCCCCGAGUGCCCGAUCACGCAGUCCAUCUCCAGCCGGCUCGUCACCGGGCGGAGCGCUGCAGCGAUACCGCUCUCGCUCGCCCGAAGAAGAGGAGGAAGACAAUGAGCCGCUCGUGAUCCCGCACGGCGGUUUCAAGAACCAUGCCGAGGCUGAGGCUGGCUUUAUGCGUCUUCUGAAACGGAUCGGCGUCGAUGAAUCGUGGACGUGGGAGCAGACGCUGCGCCGCAUCGUCGUCGAGCCGAUGAACAAGGCGCUAGAGACGUUGGCGGAGAAGAAGGCGGCGUUCGAGAAGUUCCUUGACAACCAGGCGAAGGAGCGUGCCGCGGCAAAGGAAGCGCGCAUGGCCGAGGUGCGUCCGCACUUGCGUAAGGCGUUCAAGGCGGCACACAUCAAGAGCUAUCACACCGUCAAAACGGGUGAGCAGGCCUUCGCGUCUAACAAGCACUGGCGACGUGCUUUGCCCGAUGAGCGCCGCAUCCUUUUGGACGAGUACACGUCUGAGCUGCGGCAGGCUGAGGCGGCCGAAGCGCGCGAACUGAAGGAGUAUGCGACGUCCAAGCUGUCCGACCUGGUCUCCACACUCGACAUCAGCGUGACGACCAAGUGGCGGGCGGCGCACGACGUUAUCGUCCGCUCGUCCGCGUUCAAGGAAGACAGCAAGCUCGGCAAGAUGGAGACGAUCGACAUCCUGAACGUGUUCGACAACUACAUGCAGCGGCUGGAGCGGGAGCACCAGGAGGAAUCAGCGCGCCUGGCGAAGGAGCACAAGCGUCGCGCCCGCAAGGCAAGGGAUGGGUACAAGGAGCUCCUCCGCGAGCUGCGGGAACAGGGCAAGCUUCACCGCGCGGCCAAGUGGAAGGACGUCUUCCCCAUCAUCCGCAAGGAUCCCCGGUUCGAGGCCCUCUUGGGUAUGCCAGGAAGCAACGCGCUGGAGCUGUGGAUGGACGCUGUCGACGAUCUGCAGGUCGAGGCUGAGGAGCGCGCGGGGCGUAUCGAGGGCGAAAUCCCCAAGAACAGGGUCACGCUCGAGACGACGCGAGAGCAGUUUGAGGAGCUCGUGAAGGAGGCGGGUGUCGAGGCGCCGGCCGAGAACAUCAAGGAGGCGUUUGAUGUGAUCCACGAACGCCUGGCGCGCGUCAAGGCCGACGAGGAGCGGCGCGCAGAGCGUAAGCGACGACACCGGAUCGAGGACCUGCGUGAUGCGCUGAGGCGGAUCCGGAGCAUCACGGCCGACACAACCUUUGAAGACGCGACAAAGGACAUGUCGUCGAUUCCCGAGUGGAAGCUGCUCGAGGAUGCAGACCGCCGCUCAGCAUUUGACAAGCACAUCCGCCGUCUGAAGGAGAAGGCGUCUGAGCGCGAUCGUGACCGUCGCGGGGACCGGAUGGAUGUGGAUCGUACGGAACGCGACUGGCGUCGAGACAGGGACGAGCGGUACGCUCGUGAACGUGAGCGUGACUCGCGGCGCGAUCGGGGGCUCGACUACAGAGAUCCCAGGGACCGGGACCGGGAACGUGAGCGCGAGAGGGAGCGUGAACGCGAGCGCGAUCGCGACCGUAAGCGGGAAGAGAGGGAUCCGAAGAGGCGGAGGGUAUCGACAGUGGACGACGAGCGGGAGGAGGGCGAGAUUUAG